AUGUGGCUGAUCUAUAUGUAACGAACGUCAAGUCAUAGUACAAGUGGCUCUCUGAUUCAAAGAGGUUAAGAGAGCUGCUUAAUAGAAAUGGCAGCAAUAAAGGGCCUGGGUAGAAAUAUCCCAUAUCUGAGACAACAAUUUGCUGCCCUUUUGGGAAAUACCAGCACCAGUGUGAAAUUUAUAUGCAUAGUAGUUUUGUUUUCUUAUUGCCUUUCUUUUUCUACGGAGACGGUACGUCUGUUAAGUGUGACACCAGGUUAUCUACUACCUCCAGUUUUUUGGAUCUGGACAGCAUUUACUUUUUGUUUUCUUGAAAUACAUUUUUGGGAAGUAUGUGUGGAUAUCAUUACAGUAGGACUUUGUGGUAAAUUGAUUGAACCUUUAUGGGGUGCAAUGGAAAUGAUGACUUUUUUUGCUAUCGUUAAUUUUGGCGUCGCUGUCCUGUCAGCUUUAUUUUAUUUAUUUCUUUAUAUGUGCACCAAUGAUCCAGAUUUAUUAUUUGAUAUACAUAUCCAUGGAUUAACUGGAUAUAUUGCAGGUGUUACAGUAGCUGUAAAACAAAUAAUGCCAGAUCAUAUUUUAGUUAAAACACCAAUUGGUAAAAUUACAAAUAGAAAUAUACCAUUAAUGGUUUGGAUUAUGGGAGUGAUAUUAUGGCUUUUUGGAUUAUUAGAAGGCACUCAUCCAACUAUGUUUCUUAGUGGUUUAUUAAUAUCAUGGACUUAUCUUAGAUUCUAUCAAAAACAUAAUAAUGGUACACGUGGUGAUAUGGCUGAUAAUUUUACAUUUGCAAGUUUCUUUCCAAAUGUCUUACAACCACCAAUAGCAGUUGUAAGUAAUACAAUACAUGGUUUUUUUGUACGAGUUGGAAUUUGUAGAAAAGUGGUUAGAAGAUUUGAUAUGUCCAAUGCUCCACCUGGUCUCAUUAUAAAUCUUCCUGGUAUUGAUCCACAUGAUAGCGAAAGAAGAAGGCAAAUAGCAUUAAAAGCUUUAAGUGAAAGAUUGAGUAAGGAUCAUACAAAACCAUGGCAACAAGAAAGAACUAAAAAACAUUCUCCAGUACCUCCUGCAGUUUCAAUCCCAAUUCCUGAUACCACUACACCUAAACCACUUGCAUCUCCUCUCAUUCCUCAAGUUAGUGUUAACAUACAUAAUCAUGCUUCUACUAAUACGUGAUCACAUCAAAUAGACUGAUUUCAAAUUCAUGUAUAAAUAUAUUAAAAAACUUUUAAAAAAAAUGUUAACAAUUUGCAACAAUAUUGAUAAUGUGGCAAUAUUUAAUAAAAUAAUAAUUUUUUUAACAUAUAAGCUAAAUAUUAUUAUGAAACUAUUUUAAAAUCUAAUAGAAAAGAAAAUAUAAAAAAAUACUUCUAAAUUUUUAUUAUCAAAUCACAAAAAAAAUUCAUUUGUUAAUAAUUUUUGAUAAAUUUAAAAAAUAAAAAAUAAAUAUAUAAAAUGUGCCUUGGCAUUUAUAGCUUUUAAUUAACUUUCAAUUUCAAAUAUAUUUUUAAAUUUAUAAAUAUGAAAUUAAUCUUUUUUUUUUGUACUAUUAAAUUAGCAUAUGAUAUGAUAAAUUAAUUUAUCUAUAUUAUAAUGCCAUAUUAUCGAUUGUGCAUGUAAUCUUUAAAAGAUUCUUAAACAGAAAAAAUAUAGGAUUUUACUAGUUUGUGAUGAUAUUUUCCAAGAAAAUCGUGUUCUUUGUUACUAAGAAUUAUAAACUCUAUUUAUGUAAUUCAAUACUGUCAGUGAAUGAUAAAUAAUUUAAAUUUUUUUAACAAACAUGUUAAAAGUCUUGAAAUAUUGUAUAACUGCAGCAUUGUUCCGUCUUUAAUUAAUAUUCAGUGAUAACUGAAUGAUAAAAAUUAUUAAUAACAAUGAAUAAAAGUAGACUGGCUUCCAGUAUAAUAUUGUAAAAUAAUUUUAUUAGAAACAGAUUUAAAUUUGGAAAAGAUUACUUCAUUAGCAUGUUUUAAAAAAUAUUUUAUACAAUCAAAGAAUUACAAUUAAACAUGUAUAGUGUAAAAUGUUAAUGUAUAAUAUACAUACAUGUUGAAAUCAGAUAACAAUUGUGAAAUACAAACAUUUUCAACUUAUUUUAAAAUCAUAUUUUAACAAAAAUCUUAAUAUGAAGUAUAUUUUACUUUUUGUAUCAAAAAAGAUUUUUUUUAAAAAAAUAUGUAUUGCAUUAUAUCUAUAAUUUUUAGAAUAAUUAUUUCACAAGAAAUAAUUUCAAUAUAUUUUUUUCAUAUUAUUUUAAAAAAGAUAUAUUUUUAUAUCUGUACCUAAGUACAUAAUAUAAAUUUAUCAAAGAUUUGAUUUAUUAUCUAAAUUAUAAAAUUUUUAAUAUUCAUAAUUACUUUUACACAUAAAUUUAUAUUAUUUGUUAUAUUAUUUUAUCAUGUUAUAUUAAUUUAUUUUAUUAAUGUUAUCAAAUAUAAUUAAAAACUAAUUAAUAUAAUUCCAGUUGCAUUUUAGGUACAGAUAUUCAUUUAAUUAAAGUACAUGAUCUUCAUUAUAUGUUUAAUUUAUAUUUUGUUCAUACAUAGCAUUCUUUUUUAUAUUAUAUUAAAAAAAAUCAACUGUUGUGCCACAAACAUGUUGCGAUUUUUUUUGUCAUCUAUUAAUAUUUUUAAGCAAUUGUUAAAUAUUGAUUAUUAUAAUUUAAACAUAAUAAUUUAAAAAUAUAUACAUGAAAAGAUAAAUGGAAAGUAGUUCGUAUAAAUAUAUAUAUAUAAAUAUAUAUUUAUAUAUAUAUAGCAAUAUGGAUAAUAUUUGAUAUAAUAAUAGGUUGUAAAUAUAAGAAUUGAUGUAAAACGUGAAGGGAACAAGACACCAUAAUGAUGCGGUAAUUAUACAUAGAUAAAUACAUGAAUAUGUGCGUGAUGGACUAAGAUUAAAAACUAUUUUCAUGUAUGAUUCAAAACUGUCUUUUAAGAAUGUAUGUUAUUCAUAUUUUGGCCUUCCACUUAAAAAUAUACUUAUAAUAAAUUUUUAAGUACUCUUAAUAUACAAUUUUUAGUCUGUCUCAAUUAAUAUUUAUUAUUAUAAAUAUGAUUAGAUUUAAAAAGCGAAAGGCCAGAAUUGAGUGUAUGAAUAAAUGAAUCUUUGUUAAUUUCAUUAAAUACAUUAUAAAAAUAUAAUGUACUAAUUACACAUUAUAUAUGUACAUGUUAUAUAUAAUCAGUUUUGUACAUAUGUUAAAAUCGUUAUAGUCUGUACAAUAUUAAAUUUUACUAAAAAAAUAUAUAUUUCGUAUUUUCCUAUUCCGUAUAUAGGAUAAAAUUAUAAAAAUUAACAUUGAAUUAUGCAAUAUGUAAUAGAAAUACUUAUUUAAAAUUUUAAUAUUCUAUUAUUUAAUUUAUAUUAAUUUGUUACAUGUAUAUAAAUAAUAAGUAUAUAUCAUUUUCAUAUUAUAUAAGAUUGUUUUAUUCUUUGUCACAAAUUUUUCCAAAAUUUAAAAUAAGUUUUAUUUCUUUUUUUUAGCUUAUUGUAAAAUUAAAAAAAUGGGAAAUAAAUAAAUUUACACAUGA